AUGAGCUCGCGUCUGCUGCGGCGGCUGUGCGCGGUGCUGCCACCCGCGUGCGUGACGACCGCGGCCGCGCCCGCCGUGCCCGCGCAGCUCGGCGGCCACUUCCCCCCCGCGAGCUGCUGGGGCGGCGGCUGGUCCGCGGAGGCGUGCUGCGGGCAGGGCCCCGCGUCUGCGGCCUGCUGGGCCCACUGGCCAGGCGGAUUCGAGGCCUGCUGCCUCUUCCAGCGGCUCCCCCGGGCCGAGGCGGCGUGGGCGCUGGCGCCCGUGCAGCUCACCGUGGCGGGCUCGGGCAUGAGCGGUAACGUCUGGCCGGCCCACUGGACGCACUUCAGGCGAAUGAGCGUUGCCGAGUCCCUGGACGAGCAGAUCGUGCUCGUGAUGUGGGCCUACAGGCAGAGCCUGCGGGUCGAGACCUCGGACCACGUCAGGGAGGCCUUGCAGCUCACAGAGGUUUACACUGUGACACACAUCUACACGUAA